CAACUAACCAAUAUUACUGACCGUAUUGCUGCAGUGAAAAGAAGUCGGAGUGAAAAUAACACUGAAAACCAUGUGGGAGACACCGAGCUACACCCUGAUCGUCCUUCUCAUAUGUCUCAUGAAGGCUGGAGAAAUCCGAGCACAAUGUGCCAGCCCCGUUAUUGGGGAAAAUAGGAUUCCCACUGAACCUUCAAGGCAAGACAAUUUCCCUGAUGGAUCGACACUAACAUACAAAUGUUCCACUGGUUAUGUACCGAAGCAGCCUGGAAGUUCCAAAACAAUCACCUGCAAGGGAAACCAGUGGACUGAACUACAACUUCAGUGCAAAUUAAAGUCCUGUGGAAGUCCGGGUGAAAUUUGGAAUGGAAAAUAUUUAACUCCAAAUGGAAUUGACUUUGGUGCAACAAUCACUGCACAGUGUAACGAAGGGUAUAUGCUUGUUGGAAUGGGAACUAGAAAUUGUCGAGAUAAUGGUUGGGAUGGGAGAGACCCUGUGUGUGAAGUGAUGAAAUGUGAACCACCUCCUAGUAUACAGAAUGGAAAUUUUGAUCCCUUGGAUGAGGUUUAUAAUUAUGGGCUGACAGUCACAUACUCUUGUGAAAAAGAUUACAUUCUUUUUGGAGAAUCAGCAAUAUCCUGUUCUGACAACGGAUCCUUUCCUCCUCCUCCUCGGUGUUUAAAAAUCAGUUGUGAUGCACCUGCAAUUGAAAAUGCGAUUAGAAUUAAAGGCAGGUCACCACCCUACAAAUAUAAAGAGUUUGUCGAGUACCAGUGUAAUAAAGGCUACAAAAUGGAAGGAUCGGGCUACCUUAUAUGUGAAGAAAACGAAUGGAAACCACCUCCUCCAGUGUGCAUUGAAGAUAAAAUAGGCCCAGGUCCAAUCCCAGUCACUGAUGCUCCCCUAGAUGAUAAAGCACAAUGUGAGAGACCUGAUGUUGGGGAAAACAGGGUUAUAGUCGAUGACUUGAGCCAGCAGACAUUCCCAAAUGGAUCUACAUUAAUGUUCAAGUGUUCUACUGGUUAUCGGCCUGUGGAUUCAUCAGCUCCCAACAUGAUCACCUGUGUGGGAACCCAGUGGACCAAACUGGAGCUUAAUUGCACGAGUAAUUCUCCUUUUAGACAUUUUAUUAUUCUUCAAAGCUUCUUGAAUAUCCUUUUAGAAUGUUUGUAUACCUGAACAUUUUGUGUUUAGAGUUGAGUUAAAUAAUAAAAAAAAUAAUAAUCAUAAUAAUAAUAAUUUA